UCAUUUGUGUAACGAUUGUGUAACGGGUGGUUGGUUGGUUGGUUUAUUGAGGUUUUGAGGCUGUGAGGUUUUGAGGCUGUGAGGUUUUGAAUGAGGUUAUGUGCUUAUGAGGCUGUGGAGGGGUAUUAUGCGUUGUCUGUUGGUUGGUUUGUUGGUUGUUUGUUUUGAGUUGGGAUUUUGGUGGGGGGAGCUGGAGCUGGAGCCGGAGCUGGAGGGGUAGCUGGGUUUUAGUCGUUUCGGUGAUUUUCGAGGAGGGAGAUUGAAGGCGUGAGUUUGAGUGUGAGUGUGGUUUAUAUAUAUGUAUAUACCUAUGUAUAUAAAAUCGAAUUUUUUAGAUGGUUGAUUAAAAUAAAGUAUCGAUUAAUUUAUACCAUUUCUCUUUCUUCAAUUACAUCAAUACAUUUUAUUUAUCCAGUACAUACCUAGUAAUCUUACAUUCAUCCUCCCAUCAACAAAAACAAAACCCCCAAAAAACUUCCUCAAGAAAAUGCCCCCCAUAAAACUCUGGAAUGCCUUCCAAACCCUCGACAUAAAAACUCCCACCAACUGCCAAUGGGAAAUCAACCAUUCACCCCCCACUCCCGAUUCCUGUCUUCGCAUCCUCAAUAACCCCAAAUCCCGCAACAAUUUACUUUCCCAUCUCGAAUUCUCACUACCAAGCGAAGCGCUACAUCAUCUUGAGAAUCUCGCUGCGCAAUCUCUAUGUUCAUUUUGUGGUAGUAGGGAAGAGCGAUUACAUGUAAUAAUUGUAUCGUGGAAAUUGAAGAUGAAUGAGGUAUUGAGUUUACGGUUGAGGUUUUAUGCGGAUCAGGAGACGGCGUUAUUGGAUAUGCAGGAGGAGGUGAGAGGAAACGAGGAGGUAUUGAUCGGGAGGGUGAAGGUAGCGGAAGUGAAGUAUGAGACGGAGGUUAAGGGCCAUGAGGUUUCGAGGAGGACUAUUCAGAAUUUAUUGGAGAAGGUAGAGUUUAGUGAUUUGAAAUAUGAGAGGGAAGUUCAGCAGUAUGAGAUUUCAAAAAGGACGAUUCGGGAAUUACUUGAAAAAUUAAAAAGCAAGGAUACAGAGUUAUCGAAUCAAUCUAACAAAUUCGAUGAUAAAAUUUCGAAGCUCUCUGAAGAAAUCAACAGCUUGAAGAAGGAAAAUAUACGAGCGAAGAAAGAAAAUGAUAGCUUGAAAAAGGAAAAUAAUAGCUUGAAAAAGGAAAAUGAUAGCUUGAAGAAAGAAAAUAUACGAUUGAGAGAUCAACGAGCAUCGAUGCAAUCAUUGUGGCAAAGAAGAUGUGCGAAUCACAACCAAGAAAUAAACACCUUUCAUGCGGUUGUGAAAACAUUCGUAGCAACACAGCAGAAAUUGGCAGAUAAAUGGGCUGCAUCUGAUGCAGUUAUGGAUUUGGAGUUUAAGGAAUAUCUUCUUGAUCCUGCUUCUGGGGUUCAGGAAGGAGUUACGAGUGAUGCUCUUUCUUCUGGAUCUGGUCCAGAUUCGAGUGAUGGAAUGGUCGAAACACCGCCGGCGAAAAAGAGGAAGUUUCAAGCUUCGGUUGCGGAUUGUAAAGAUUGCUGAGGAGAUGGCUGGACUUCAAUCCGUGGCAAUUUCGACACCUUUCGCCUUGACCUGCCAGCGUAGUCUAUACGCUCCUUGAAUUUUUUUCAGUUCACUUGAAUUAUACAAUAUCUGGAGUGAGCCGUUUCCCAGAACAAGGAACUCACUUUAAACUCCUCGAGAAAGUACACCUUGUGUACAAGAUACUUCGUGUUGUAUCAAGUCAUCGCUUCAGCUGAUAUCAGCUUUGUUCUUGUUUUGGUGUUGGAAAGCGAUGGUUGGUUCACUGAUGCGAAUAUGGUUUCCUUUUUGUAAUUGAAUUUUUGUUUUUCUUGAUGUAAUUGUUUUAUCUUUCAGUUUCAUACAUUAUCUUGUCAAUACUCGUUGACUACUGAUUUGGUAGUGAGCAUUUCUUUCUGUGUGUAAGGGUUCUUAGUGUUGAACUGGAAUUUCUGUUACUUUUAGAUCAUUAAAUAUUUUUUUCAUAACUCACUACACAGCAUUUCUUUUAUUACUGUCCGAAAUAAAAAGAUUUCAAGCACAUUCCAAACAGUUUCCAGUAGAAAAGCA